AUGGUGAACACUGGCGCUCUGUCCCGGCUGCCUUCUCCAGCCUUACCUCCUCAUAUCUGCUCGGGUUGUGAGUUUGGACCCCAUAAACGAGUGAGAAAGUAUGACAUUGGCAUCACGUCGGGGAACAAACAGUUUUACUUUCCCAAAUACAUGACGACAGCUCCUUUUCUAGAGCAGCACGCUUCCCUCGCAGCUGGGAAAAGGCGGUACCUCCACAGCAUCAGCAGCAUCUACAGCACAGAGCAGAUGAGGCGACAGAUGAAGCAGCACUAUCUGGACGUCCUACACAGCUGCCUGCAGUCAGGAAACUGCGUUAAAGCGUUCGGUAGGGCGGUUCAUGCCCUGGCAAGACUUGGAGAUGAGCUGUGGUUGGACCCAUUGGCCAAAGGACUGGCCCUGAGGUCUGUGAACUCAGCACACUCUGCCUACUCCUGCUUCCUCUUCUCACCACUGUUUUUCCACAAAUACAACCUGCGUUCAGCCACAGAGAAGAGUGCUGAGGCCAUCAAAUGUAAACUUCUAAUGAAGUCCAUACUACCUCUUUUUCGACUUCCUUCCAUUGAGCGCACUGUGGAACGCUUUGAAAUCUCCAUUGAAGAGGAUCUAGUGAAAAUGAAGUUCUUUUGCAAACAUGGCAUUGUCAAAACUCACAACCUGCGCUUCCAGGAGAGUGAUGCUCUUCAGGCGGUUUUCUCCUCACACCUCUGUCCCAAUGUCCUCAAAGCUCCAGCCAAACUCCUCAGUGACAUGGUGAUGCAUUUCCCAGUUUCCCAGGAGGAAAUCACAUUAUCAAUAUCUGCUGCAAAAGUCAGUCUGAGAAAUUACUUUGAAAGAGGAAAUGGUCACAUGAAGCUCAUGCACACAGAGAUGUCCUUACACCCAGACGAGUUCCAUUACUUCCAGGUCGGAGUGGACUCAGACAUAACUUUCUGUUUGAAGGAGCUCCGGGGAUUACUGACGUUCGCCGAGUCUCAUUGUCUGCCCGUGUCUGUUUACUUUGGCGCAGCAGGGAAGCCUGUGUGCUUCUCCAUCGAGGACAUGGUGCUGGAGGCGACUGUGGUAUUGGCGACUCUGAUGGAGACUGAAAGCAGGGCCCCGUCUCAGCACACGGCCACGCCCCUUAACACCACCACCUCCAGGUGUGAAGUGGAGGCUCCUCAGGACAGGUCUGGAGUGGAGCAAGUGGCCUCGAGUCAGGGCAGCCCCAUCCUCGCUCCCCGCCUCUCCCUGUACCCCUCACAGAUAGACCUCCCGUGUGGACAGGGAGACCCAAUCCGGACCCAUGCUCCCUCUCCAGCUCCUUCACUGGUGUGCUCGCUGCUGUUCAAAGCACUGUCUCAGGCCGAGGACGCCGCUCUGGAUCCUAAAGUCCUGGUCGGUGUCAGUGAUGAAGAGGACGUGAUGGAGGAGGAGCCACAGAGCCCACCGCUGUAA